UUGGAUCGUAGACCGGCCGUCGAAGGCCGGAUAAUGUUACGACUCGCUUCAUCGUCGGCUGAAGAUAUUAUUCCUCUUCUCAGUUUUCCUUCGUCGCCGGCGUCGCCUCCUACUUCAUCCCUUCGCUCAAAUGGCUCUUCUUCUUCCUCCUCCGAGAUCUGUAUAUCCAGCUAAGCUACUUGGGAACGCCUCUGCUCUCUCGCUAAUUCCCAUCCCUCUUUCCUUCCCUCGCAGGUCUAACCAAUCCAGCAAUGGUAGGAAAAUUAUUGGUUAUAUGGCAGUUAACAGUAGAUCAACUAGAGUGAGAGAAUCUCCUUCAACUGAUUCCCAUUCAUUGAUUAAGGAACCUCAUAAAUAUUUUGAUCAAGUCAUAAUUACUGUACGUGCUGGAGAUGGAGGGCAUGGUGCAGUUCUUGACAUGCCGAACCAGAAGGAAAAUCCAAAGCCGCAAGGAAAAUAUAGCCAGGACAAAACAAACAAAAAGAGUUCACGUGCUAGAGAUGGAGGGCAUGGUGCAGUUCUCAACAUGCCGAACCAGAAGGCAAAUCCAAAACCUCAAGGAAAAUAUUGUCAAAACAAAACAAGCAAAAAGAGUUCAUAUAAAAGGGAUUCAGAUGGCUCACUUAUUUUACCAAUGGGUGGACAUGGUGGUGAUGUGGUAAUAUAUGCAGAUGAGGGUGAAGAGACCCUUCUGGAGUUUCACCAAAAGAGACGGUAUUGCGCAAAGAGAGGGGGAAAUGUGGAUGCCAUGGGCACCUUGACUAAACAACUCCAUAAUGGAUUUGCAGCACCAACUUUAAGAAUUCCAGUUCCAAUAGGAACAGUUGUAAAACAUAAAAGAGGAAAGAUGCUUGCUGAUUUGGCACGGCCAGGUGAUGAAAUUCUUGUUGCAAGGGGUGGACAAGGAGGAAUUAGCUUGUUAGAGAUGCCAGAAUACAAAAGGAAAAGGUUGAUGGCAUUGUCUACUAAUGUGAUGAGAGAUGAAAGUGACAAGAUUUUAGUUCUUGGGCAACCUGGUGAAGAAGUUAGCUUGGAACUGGUUUUAAGGGUGGUUGCUGAUGUUGGUCUUGUGGGACUUCCAAAUGCUGGUAAAUCAACGCUUCUAGCAGCCAUCACACUUGCAAAACCUGAUAUUGCUGACUAUCCUUUCACAACAUUAAUGCCCAAUCUUGGUCGUCUUGAUGGGGAUCCCAUGUUAGGAGCACUGAAAUAUUCCUCUGAAGCAACACUAGCAGAUCUUCCAGGUCUUAUCGAAGGUGCUCACUUGGGAAAGGGCCUUGGGAGAAAUUUCUUGAGACACUUAAGGAGAACACAAAUGCUGCUUCAUGUGGUUGAUGCUGCCACUGAGAAUCCUGUGAAAGAUUAUAUGACUGUUAAGGAGGAACUUCGAAUGUACAACCCAGAGUAUCUUCAGCGGCCAUAUAUAGUGCUUUUAAACAAGAUUGACCUUCUUGAGGCACAAGAUAGGCUACAACAGUUAGUGCAAGAAAUCUCUGCGAUUGGCUGCAAGGAUGCAACUGACUCAGAAAUAAGCAAAAAGUUGACUGCAAAUACUCCAGAUUUGCACUCGCUUUCCUCAGGAGAGAAAAAUGAAGAGACGAAAGAAAAGGAGAUUGCGGACUAUCCACAGCCUCUGGCGGUUGUCGGUGCUAGUGUUCUCAAGCAAAUCGGUGUCAACGAGCUACUGAAGGCAAUAAGAGCUGGCCUUAGGAAAUGCCGAGACCUAGAACAAAUUCAAGUAUCAGAAGCUGAUGAAUUCUCAACAAUGUGAUGGACUUGAUGUGAUGAGCUACUAUAGGAGAUAAGAGCUGGUCUUAUGAAAUGCUGAGAUCUAGAAGAAACACAGGAAUCAGAAAUUGCUAAGGUAGCUAGAUCUUCGUUGAAACAAAAACAACAUUUACCCUGUAGUAGAUGAUCUGUGCCUGCAAGUUCAUCGCAUCCAUGAGUAUCCAAUCCAUCAAUCAGAGUUAUCACUUUCAUGUUGAAACGCGGUGGGAAGGUCACAAACUGACAUUAUCGAAUGGCUAUGGCUUCAGGGAUCCAAUGGCGGUGUUUCUUUUGGCAUCGGUGCAAUGAGCAACACCAGAACUCAAUUUUUUGUUACUACUGUAUUUUACUAAUUAAUAUCCAACUAGCUGAUUUUUAUAAUGAUAUCUAUAAGAUGUAUUAGAUAUAUUGGAAUUGAGGGAUAAUAUGAUCUGGCAUUCAUUUAAA